ACAAAGUUGAGGAGAUUGGAGACAAAAAAAAAAACGGAAAAAGUUGUGUCAUUACUUUAGGCAACCGAGGGAACGAAAUAAUUUUUUGGCUUUUAUUCAUAAGUUUUUUUAACAUUUUAUUUAUUGCCUUAGUAACAUUAUAUGGUUAUCCCUAAAUGUUACUGCAAGUUAUUGUUCAAUUGAAGUAAUUGUGCAUCGCUAAACUAGUGUAUACGCCCUUGAAUACAACAGUAUAACAAAAAGUCUAAAGUCAGCUUAGCAACAACAGUUCGAUUGCAAUAAUUCCUAUUUUAAGGAAUUUAGCGAUUUGCACACAGCUCGAGUGCCUUUAGGAGAUGAUAGGAGACAAUGCAUUGAAGAAACAAGGAAUAAAGAUAUUAAUUUUAAAUUUGUAGUGUAUGUAAGUGUACAUUUGGUGCUUUUUAUAAUUAUAAGAUGAUCACAAGACGAUGGUUCCACCCGUCACUGAACGGGGUAGAUGCAGAGAAACUGCUGAUGGAUAUCGGGCGUGACGGAUACUUCCUAGCGAGGCCUAGUAUGAGCAAUAAGGGAGACUUUACACUCUCUGUGCGAAGGGGUAACGAGGUAACGCACAUAAAAAUUCAGAAUAACGGUGAGUUUCUAGAUCUUUACGGUGGAGAGAAAUUCGCCACUUUGUCGGAACUCGUCCAGCAUUAUAUGGACAAUCAAGGUCAGUUACGUGAAAAAAACGGUAACAUCAUCAGGUUAAAAAUUCCACUCAACUGCGCAGAUCCUACCACUGAGCGCUGGUACCACGGCCAAUUGACGGCAAAAGAAGCCGAGCGGAUGAUGUUAGAGAACGGCAAAAAUGGAUCCUUCCUCGUUAGAGAGUCACAGAGACAGCCCGGGGACUUCGUGUUGUCCGUACGAACGCGAGAUCGUGUCACGCACGUUAUCAUAAGGAGAAAGGACAAUAAGUAUGACGUCGGCGGAGGUGAACAGUUUGAUGAUCUCGUAAGUUUAAUAGAGCACUACCGCAACUAUCCAAUGGUCGAAACCACAGGCGAAGUAUUACGUCUUAUUCAACCUUUUAAUGCUACUCGAAUACAAGUGAGACACCUUCAUACCCGUGUCAAACAACUUCAAAAAGAAAAUGAGGGUCCUAUCGAGAGCAUGGCAUACAAACAGGGUUUCUGGGAGGAAUUCGAAACGUUACAAAUGAUGGAAAACUUGCAAUUGUUUGAUAGAAUGGAAGGUUCAAAACCAGAAAAUAUAAGAAAGAACAGAUAUAAAAACAUUAUACCGUUCGAUCACACGCGCGUCAUUUUACGCGAUAUACCACCCGACGCUUCGCCUGGCGCAGAUUACAUCAAUGCCAACUACAUCCGAUGCGAAAGCACCGAUUCCGACUCCAACGGAAGCUUCGAAACGUAUUCCUCGCGCGAUGCUUCCUCCAGACAUAAGGACAAGUCAUCGCCAAUUCAUGCCAGCGUCAUCAUCACAUCAGAAAAGCCGAAAGAAAUAAUAAAACAGGAAAACGGUAUUCGUAAGAUAAUUCCAUCGUUCGUCCUUCGGCCAAAUCCUAACUAUGUUAAUACGACCAUUCCAAAAACUGGAAUCGCAACGAAGAAUGGAGUUGUCGAGCUUGUGUACAACAAACUUUAUAUCGCUACACAAGGCUGCCUGACUACCACAGUAUAUCAGUUCUGGUCUAUGAUAUGGCAGGAGGACGUCCGCAUAAUAAUAAUGACGACAAAAGAGAUCGAACGCGGCAAAGUUAAAUGCGAACGAUACUGGCCGGAUCUAAAUAAGACGGAAGUCUAUAAGAAAUAUACCAUCUUUAAUGAAUCGGAAUCUUCGACUCAGGACUACACUCUGAGGCGUUUCAUCGUGACGAGAAAAGACGAAUGCGAAAAAAAACGAACGAUCUACCAUUUCCAUUUCACGGCUUGGCCGGACCACGGCGUUCCUUCGGAGCCCGGGAGGGUGCUGAACAUCCUCUUGGACGUGAACCACAGGCUGCAGCAGAUAAUGACGGGGCCGGAUGCGCCGCUGCAGGCCGCGGUGUGCGUGCACUGCUCCGCCGGCAUCGGCCGCACCGGCACCUUCAUUGUCAUCGACAUGAUCUUAGACCAGGUCAGGAAAGAGGGCUACGACUGCGAAAUAGACAUUCACCGCACGGUGCAAAUGGUGAGAGAUCAACGCUCCGGUAUGGUUCAAAACGAGGCCCAAUACAAAUUUAUAUAUAUGGCGGUCCUGGAGUUCAUAGAGACGGAAACGCAACGGCUCUACCCGCCCCCCGAAACCGCGAAAGACUCGCCUAGGUUGCGAUCACACCCCGUACCUUUUUUAUGAAUCGUGUCAGAAAGGCGAAGUCGUUCUUAUCGAAAGCUUUGUCUGUUGGAAACGUAGGAAUUCCUAGAGUCUAAAGUUAUAGUCCGUUCACGUAUACAUUCACGACUAAUUUCUAUUACAUAUUCCUUAAGCGAUCAAUUUCCGUCUUUGUAUAAAAGUACUCUUAGCUAUAGCAUUUUACUUUUUAUUGCGCCUUAAGAUGGAUUCAAUAUCGUUACAUAAUAUUCAAGUUAAAUCGCAACUUCCCUGCUAUAUACACAUGCCCGUAGUAAUUCAUCUUCAGCACAUGUUUGUCCCCUCCGAGGGAUUCGGUGCAUACCCAAGUUAGGAUGACUAGGCUUUAGUCAAAUACGCUGGGCAGCUGCAGGUUGGUUCUCUUCACACAUAAGUUUGAAUUUCUUCGACAAUAUGUGCAGGUUACAUCAAGAAGUUUUCUUUCAUUGUAAGAACGUCGGAUAAAUGUACAUAAUACGGUAUUUAAAAAAGAUUGAUACGCGGUGCGCCACGUACGCUCUCCGAACUAAUCAAUAAUGGUAAAAUAAUGCAAAAAACUUUUCAUUUUAAUUCUUCACCUUGCUUUCCACAUAUUAUCGGACGGCAUUCUUAUUAUUAUUUGAAAUAAACCAACCUAGUCUGUGGGUUUCAAUUGCCGCGUCACCUGUAGAAAAUAUCUUUGUAAAUGAAUGAGGGCAAAAUGUUUUGUUCAUGUUUCCGCAGUGAAAACGUACAGUUAAAUUGUUAUGUACAUAUUUAUUACAAAACAGAACAUGUUUCUGAUUUAUUUAUUUAUAGAUAACUUUGGACAUAUCUUUAUUAAGUAAUUAAAACCGAGAAAGAUAUAUAAUAUUUCUUACUGCAAUUUAGUUACAUAAGUCGCUUUUAACUUCAGAAAAUCAAUUUAAAAGAUCUUAAUACACAUCACUAGUAGGUUUAACUAUGUUUAAAAAGAUACUAUAUUAAAUUUGUUUAACUGUUACACUAAAAUGAUUACAAACCUGAGACCUGAUAAUGUUUCAAAUGAUUGCUUUAAUGUGUACUAUAUGAAGUCAGGAGAUUGGCUUCAAUGUGAUCUCGAAUUCGAUUUUGAAUUAGAAAGAGUAUAUUUUUUAUUUUACAAAACUUAUUGAAUUGUAAAUGAGAUAUGAUAAAACGAGAAAGUGAAAAAAUUCCCAUUGUUUACUACUUAGUGGUCUUGAUUUUUAACGUGCAUUCAUAUUAAAACAAACACAUCACAUAUUUUACACAAGCUAUUUUUCUUAUUUUUUUUUUAAUGUAUUGACUUUGAUAUUGAUGCAACUAUUUCAGUUUUUGAGGUUUUUUUUUUGUAUAUUUUAAAGUAUGAUAUGUAAUGAGGUGCUUUUUUUGUAAAUAAAUAGGCCCACGGCCCGCCGGAGGUUGGUGCGAUAUUUUUAUGAAAUAUAUUUUCAGUUACAGAGUAUAGAGAUACGAUAAAAAUGGCGGGAGAUGGGAUGGCAUCAAGUAGUGGAAUUUCUAGUGGGCAUCAACUGCAGUGACACACUAUGACACAUCUGUCGUCUCUUUUUUAAAUAAAAUAAAGGAUAGCAAUACGGAUAGCCUAGGUAUACUAUCGAAACAUACAAGUUAUAAAGUUUUUUUUUAAUUAACUCGAUAAAUACUAAGGUCUGUAAAUUUUAAAGUAACGUUAGGAAGAUAAACAUCUGUAGAUUUUGGUUGUCUAUCAAUGUUCAUGUUUGAUGCAUCGUAAUUACAGGCACCUUUUUUGUAAAGAUUUAUCUCCGAAAAGUUUCGUUUUAAACAGACAAUAUAUCAGUGUUUCAAUAAAGUUACACUGCAGUUGAAAUCCACAAAUUUGUUACAAAUAAUACAAGUGCAAUUUUUAUUAGUUAAUUUUAAAUGUAGGGUAAGUGAUUGGUCAAAAUCUAAACAUAAUUUCUAAAUUUUAUCAGACAAUAAUUAUAUAUUUAUUAAUUCAUUGGCAUAAAUUUAAAUAAUCCCUUACAA